AUGACACAGGCCAAGUUUCGUACUCUAGAACGAGAAAAGAGGUUUCAAAACCCUCCCAAAGAUAAAUCUGAAAUAUACCCAUUGUUGCAAAAUGCAGUCGCUCCACACAUUGGGUCAUUUGAUGCAUUGACCGAUGGCGAAGAUGGCGGCUUGCUAAACAUGGCCGUUAGGGACAUUGGAUCGAAAACCGUUUUUGACUCAAAAGAGACUGAUAGAUUGGGCAACAAGCUCAACAUUAGAGUUGAUUCUGUCUCAAUAUCCAAGCCAAGUGUACCACCAACGGAUAAAUUGUCAAUAAAUAGAAGGACUUUACCUAGCGAGUGUCGUGAAAGAAUGACCACUUAUAAAGCUAGACUAAUGUUGAAUGUGACGUGGAGCGUCAAUGACGGCGAAGAGCAAAGUGAGAUCAGAGAAGCAGGCCAAAUUCCAAUCAUGUUGAAAUCGAAUAGAUGCCAUUUGCAAAAAAUGUCUCCAAACCAACUCGUUGAAGCAAAAGAGGAGAGUGACGAGUUGGGUGGUUAUUUUAUUGUCAAUGGUAUUGAAAAAUUGAUCCGUAUGUUGAUUGUGCAGAGAAGAAAUCAUCCUAUGGCAAUCAUUCGUCCAUCGUUUGGCAAUAGAGGUGCCUCGUAUACCAAAUUCGGUAUUCAGAUUAGAUCAGUAAGACCAGACCAAACAUCACAAACCAAUGUGUUGCAUUACCUCAAUGACGGAAAUGUCACUUUCCGAUUCUCUUGGAAGAAGAAUGAGUAUUUGAUUCCAGUGGUUAUGAUUUUGAAAGCUCUUGUUGAAACCAAUGACAGAGAAAUCUUUGAUGGGAUUGUUGGUCAUGAUAUUGGAAACUCAUUCUUAACCGAUCGUUUGGAAUUGUUAUUGAGAACUUUCAAAUCGUACAAUUUGCAUUCACAACAAGAGACAUUGGCGUAUUUGGGAGAUAAAUUCAGAGUUGUCUUUGGUGCAACUCCAGAUGUCUCUGAUAUUGACGUUGGAAAGGAAGUGUUGAAAAGAAUUGUUUUGGUGCAUUUACCCAACAACAAAGACAAAUUCCGUAUGUUGUUGUUCAUGAUUCGUAAAUUGUAUUCAUUGGUGGCAGGAGAUUGUGCUCCCGAUAAUCCAGAUGCAACUCAACAUCAAGAGGUGUUGUUGGGAGGUUUCUUGUAUGGUAUGAUUAUCAAAGAAAAAAUUGACGAAUACUUGCAAAGCUUUAAACUUCAAGUGCAAUCAGAUAUCAACCGUGGUGUUGGGGUCAACUUCUCCGAUCGCAAGUACAUCACGCGAGUAUUUUCUCGAAUCAAUGAAAACAUUGGUCAAAAGUUGCAAUAUUUCCUAUCAACUGGUAAUUUGGUCUCACAAUCAGGGUUGGAUUUGCAACAAGUUUCAGGGUACACUGUUGUUGCUGAAAAAAUCAAUUUCCAUCGUUUCAUUUCACAUUUCAGAAUGGUGCAUAGAGGUUCUUUCUUUGCCGAGUUGAAAACAACCACCGUUCGUAAGUUGUUGCCUGAAUCCUGGGGUUUCCUAUGUCCUGUUCAUACUCCCGAUGGAUCACCAUGUGGUUUGUUGAAUCAUUUGUCACACAAGUGUGUCAUUGCCACCACUGCAUCUGACGUUUCCCAAGUUCCUGCUGCUUUGGCUCAACUUGGUGUGUCCCCAGCAAAUGCAUUUGCCGCUGGACCUGAUUUGUGUUGUGUUCAAUUAGACGGUAAGAUUGUUGGAUGGACAACUCAUGAACAAGGUAAAAUCGUUGCCGACACUUUGAGGUUUUGGAAAGUAGAAGGCAGUCAUGGUUUGCCAUUGGACUUGGAAAUUGGAUAUGUCCCUCCAUCUAGUAAAGGUCAGUACCCUGGUUUGUACUUGUUUGGUGGACAUUCGAGAAUGAUGAGACCAGUCAAAUACUUGCCUUUGGACAAGGAAGACAUUGUGGGUCCGUUUGAGCAAGUGUACAUGAACGUUGCUGUGACCCCAGAGGAAAUUGAAAAUGACAUCCACUCACAUGUUGAGUUUUCACCAACAAACAUUUUAUCCAUCUUGGCCAACUUGACUCCCUUUUCGGACUUUAACCAAUCACCAAGAAACAUGUACCAGUGUCAAAUGGGUAAGCAAACUAUGGGUACACCAGGGACUGCAUUGGUGCACAGAUCGGAUAACAAAUUGUACCGUUUGCAAACUGGACAAACACCAAUUGUUAAAGCCAACUUGUAUGACGACUACGGAAUGGACAACUUCCCCAACGGUAUGAAUGCGGUUGUUGCUGUCAUUUCGUACACUGGGUAUGAUAUGGAUGACGCCAUGAUUAUUAACAAAUCUGCAGAUGAGCGAGGAUUCGGUUAUGGUACUGUUUACAAAGUGGAAAAGAUUGACUUGUCACAAUCGAGAAGAAGAGGUGAUCCAAUUACUCAACAUUUCGGAUUUGGUGAAGAUGAGUGGCCAGAGGCUUGGAAGAGCAAGUUGGACAAUGACGGGUUCCCAUUGAUUGGUGUCAAGGUGGAAGAAGGCGACCCAAUUCUCGCAUACUACGACGAUACACUUGGGAAAACCAAGGUGAAAACAUACCAUUCAUCUGAACCUGCAUACAUCGAGGAAGUCAAGUUACUCGGUGAUGAUGCGGGUGAUAACGAAGGACAGCAAGUAACCAUAAAGUACAGAAUCACGAGGCAGCCGAUUAUUGGUGACAAGUUCUCCUCAAGACAUGGACAAAAGGGUGUUUGUUCAAGAAAGUGGCCGCAAAUAGACAUGCCAUUUUCCGAAAGUGGUAUGCAACCUGAUGUCAUUAUCAACCCCCACGCUUUCCCCUCGCGUAUGACAAUUGGUAUGUUUGUUGAGUCUUUGGCAGGUAAAGCUGGAGCAUUGCAUGGUGUUGCACAAGAUGCCACUCCGUGGAAGUUUAGUGAGUCAGAUACACCUGCCGACUACUUUGGAGAACAAUUGUUGAAAGCCGGUUACAAUUUCCAUGGUAAUGAGCCAAUGUACUCUGGUGCCACUGGUGAAGAGUUGAGAUGCGAUAUUUACAUUGGAUGCGUUUACUACCAAAGAUUGAGACAUAUGGUUAACGACAAGUUCCAAGUUAGAUCCACUGGUCCAGUAAACUCGUUAACCAUGCAACCGGUGAAAGGCAGAAAGAGAUCAGGAGGUAUUCGUGUGGGUGAGAUGGAAAGAGAUGCAUUGAUUGGUCACGGUACUGCAUUUUUGUUACAAGACAGAUUGUUGAAUUGCUCAGAUUAUACACAAACUUCGAUAUGUAAAUCGUGUGGAUCGAUACUAACCACACAAACAUCUGUUCCCAGAAUCGGAUCAAUGGCAAGUGUUAGGUGUAGAAGAUGUUCGAUAAGGUUGGAUAAGUAUGAUGGAUAUGCUGAAGAUGCUGAUAUCUGGGAAGAUGGACAUGGGGUCAAAUUUGUUGGAGGUGAUAACACCACUACUGUUGCUAUUCCAUUUGUUUUGAAGUAUUUGGACAGUGAACUCUCGGCCAUGGGUAUAAAGAUGAGGUAUAAUGUGGAGCCAAAGUAG